UAUAUUUUUAACAGGUAUAAUUGUAAUCUUUUUGGAAUCUGUUUAUAUUCUGAAAUGCAAAUCAAAGGGUAACAGACAAAAUUACAAACCGUUCGAUACACUGACAACAUACUAUUUAUAAAUAUUAUCACAAUUAUAUUUUCGAUUCUGCGUGAGAAGUUUACGCCUUUGUUGAAUAAAUACAACGUCUUAGAAUGGAGGCGAGUAGUUGUCGAAAUUCGUCGGUCAGCGUCAUGAGUCCAAAUUCAAGCGAUGGACAUUUGUUGACCAGUCCACAUCCAAUGUCACUCGCGAGGCCGAUGCAACACCACUCUCCUCUUUCGACAUCGCAACAUCGCCUUUCGCUAUCAAUUCCUCCUCAUCCCGGAAUGUUACAACCAAGUCCAGAUGGUUAUCUUCAGGGUGGGCAUUUACUACCGCAUCAACAAGUUUCACCAGGAUCUCAAAAUGCCGGUGUCGCUCAUCAUCAGCCUUUGCAACUAAGUCACUCCCAUGAUCCGAUGCAUUCUCACCACGCCAUGCAAUAUCACCAACACGCACAGCACCAACAUUUACAACGUUCUCGUUCCCUACAUCCUGUUUCUGCAUCUCAACAACUUGCAUCUUUGGCUCCUGGAUUGGAUAUGUCAUCAAGACCGAAUAGCAGAGAAACUCCGGGCUCAUCGCCUCAAAUGCGCCCCCAUAAUCAUGAUGAAAAUAGUUUAGAGCCCCCCAUGGCACAUCAGCAUCCAUCCCCUACUUCAGAAAGGAAUCUACAUACUUUAUCGGACACAACAGAUGACAGCAAUAUUAACAAUAACAACAGUACUAAACUAAACUCAGAGCAAGAUCAAAACACCGACGGAAUUGUUAACGCAUCCAUGAACGGAUCUGAAACAUCAACAUCGACUGAGGAAGAUGGAAGUGACGGUGGCGCUGCUGUAGCAACAAAGAAGGGUGGUACAGCCAAUGCAAAUCCUGCUCAUAGAAGACCAGAAAAACCACCAUAUUCCUAUAUUGCUCUCAUCGUAAUGGCGAUACAAAGCUCAACAACGAAAAAACUUACUCUGAGCGAAAUUUAUCAUUUUCUACAAAGUCGAUUUGAAUUUUUCCGAGGUUCGUAUCAAGGUUGGAAAAAUUCCGUUAGACAUAAUUUGUCUCUGAACGAAUGUUUUAUCAAAUUACCAAAGGGUCUGGGGCGACCAGGUAAAGGACAUUUCUGGACUAUUGAUCCAGCUAGUGAAUUUAUGUUUGAAGAAGGAUCUUUCAGACGCAGACCCCGUGGAUUUCGGCGCAAAUGUCAGGCAUUGAAGCCAUAUGGUAUAUUUGGCGGUGCUCCUGGACUUAUGGGACCACAAGGUUAUCCUCCACAUGAAAUGUUUGGUGCUGCAGCGUCGCUUCAGCAUUCAGCAAUGCCUCCGCCUCGCCACCAGGCUAAUUUGAUGGGCUUCGAUCCACAAGGAAUGAACUUUCUGAAUGGGGCCGCCGCUGCUGCUGCGGCUGCCGCUUCAAACGGUAUGUCGAGCCCUACAUCCCCCAAUCAUUCAGUCACACCGAAGUUACCACCAACUCCACAUUCCCCGAAUGGAGCCUUGAAUGCCCAUUACACAACUUGUCCCAAUACUGGUGCUUCGCAAAUUUCACCAUCGGCAGCCGCCAGCAUGGCCGCGGCACACAACCACCAUUAUUCAGCUUCUAUGUUUAACUGGCCGGGCGCAGGAAGUCACGCUGCCGGAGGAUACAUGCGACAUGGACCGCCAUCGGCAGGAUCUCCAACCGAUCAUCAAUCUCCCCACCUCAUGAACGGCGUUCCAUCUGCAGCAUCAAGAAUGGACUAUCAUUCGUUGUAUGCCUCUGCUCGAGAAAAUCAUCUUUCAUAUGAAGCGGCACAAGGCAUGAAAUUUAAGACUGAAUUUGACCAGUACGCUAUGUCAGACAGGAAACCUCCAUAUCCCGCCAUCACACCGCCACUGUCAGCCGCCGGCUAUGCCACUGGUUACUAUGACACCAAGACGUGCGCAAUGUAAAAAGGUUCAAAGCCGCUGCAAAAAAGCCGUUGUUUCAAUUCUACAGAAAGCAACGUUAUCAGGACAAGCUCAGGAUAAAGCUUGGUGAUGGUCUGUUCAAAUCAAGUGAAUCCUCUCAGAGACAUGGUUGAAGCCGAGAUGGCAUAGAGAAUAAUUUGUGCUUUUAAAAAUACAUGCCAGAAUGACCGAGCUUUUGCGCUUCAUUUAGACAUUUUGUUUAUAACUUCGCGCAAAGAUUUACAUGGGAAUCGGCGGCGAUUCACAAAUGUCCACCAAGAGCUGAAUUUUCUCCGUUUAACAUAAGCAAGCUAUUAUUACAUUGACCAAAACACUGACGCAUGGCGCUAUCAUCUGCGUAAAAUUAAACGCGGUAUUCUUGAUUUCUAUCAACAAGGUAUUCACAGCUAAAUCAUAAGAAUUGUAAUUUUUGCAAAGUCUUUUCAAAUAAAUGGAAGUGGUCUGUUUCUCGAGAUGAUGUUUAGCGCCAUCUAGAAUGCUGCUGUGCAGAUAGAGUUAUACCUUAACAAGAAUAACUAACAAUUAUAACGCUUGACAUAACCAAGCCGAAGAUAUAAUUUGGCUUUUUAAGAUUAUUCUUUUCCUUAUUUUCUUAUGUUUAUAUUUUCUAUUUACCAAUUAUUUUAGUGCAAUUGCUCUUCUUUAAUUGUCUGUGGUGAGUCGAUUGAAGAAUUGCCUACAACUACCCAGAGUCAACAUCAUUGCUUUUAUUGUAUCUUGAAGCAUUCCAAACCAAAUCUUAAAAAUUCAUUUGAAGCUAAACAUAUCUACUACAAAAUAUUCAAUUUGAUUUGUUUUAACUGUUCUGAUAAUGAUUGUAGUCGACUGCAAUAUCAGCCUAUUUUUGGCAUAAAACACAAUACACAUAUAUAUCUAAGAUAGUUUGUAAAAUGACUGUUACAAAAUGAGUAAUAUUUAAAACUUCUUGUGUAAUAACGGUAUUCCUCGGAAUCUUGUAGAUUUUAUAUUAACAAAUUGAAGAUAGAAUUUAUGUUUUCAUUUUGCAUUGUUGAAAAUAGUAAAAAGAUUUUCAAUGAAUAAACCAUCAAGAAACCCAUCAUGAAUAAAGCGCCAUUUCGUUCCGAUAACAAUACCAUUACAAAACUUUCAUGGUGCCUGAAUUUAUUUUAAGUUUCAAAGUUUCUCACCGCUUAUUGUGGUGCCUCACUCUGUCGAUAUCAGUUUUAAAAAUAUCGUUUACCUACCGUACUGCCUUUUGAUUUAUAUUUGUUUACUUUGAGUGUUAAAUCGAGAAUAAUAAAUUUCCUACUGAGCA